AUCGCGGGAACAAAUGAUGAGGAGGUUGGAGUGGACGCACACAGCUCGUUUUAGCUAAUUUCUUUUUAUUUGCAUGUUAGAACAUUUUUAAUGCCUGGCGUCACUAUUUUACCAUGGGGUAUGCAUACCAGUAAUCCGCCAGUCAAAGUAGCGACAGAAAAGUUAGCAAUAGCUCUUCAUGGUUAGUGGGUAGAAGCUAACAAGUAGCUGUUUCUAACCUGAGUUUGGAGCCGUGACGGAGGAGCAUGGCUACAUCACGUGUAGAGUACACCAUCGGAGGGGUGAAGAUCUACUUCCCCUGCAAGGCUUACCCAUCCCAGCUGGCUAUGAUGAACUCCAUCAUCCGAGGGUUGAACUCUGGGCAGCACUGUUUGCUGGAGAGUCCCACGGGAAGUGGAAAGAGCUUGGCCCUGCUCUGCUCCUCUAUGGCCUGGCAGCGAGCUCAGUUUGCUAAACUGCGAGAAGGAGGCGCUGUGGAGAACAAGAGCCAGUCGGAUAAAAACUUUGGAGACUGUAAGAAGUCCGAUGCCUCUGCUUCCUGUCAGUGUAAGUGCCACAUCAGAGCCAGCCGGGCCGCAGCUACAGCUACAGCUACAGCCCCAGUCAGUGCUGAUGCUGAUGCUGUUGUGGACCUCACCAAGACACCCACCAAAGAGACAGCUCAGCCUUUGCCUCCAGCAUCACAACAUACGCCGCUACCAGAAGAGUCCCAACCUAAAAGACAUUCUCUCGCCUCCCGUCUGUCUGAGAAGUUCCAGGCUGAUCUGGGCUCUGAGCGCCAGAAAGAUGACGACUUCCAGCCAGACAAGAAGCGCAUUCGCGCCGCAGAGAACAAGAGCCGAAAAAGGCAGCGCCUGGAGCAGGGAGUCGUGUUCAUCGAUGAUGAGCCGGAGCUUGAAAUUGAGCCAACAGCUGGUCAGAGUUGUACUGCAGAGACAAAGAGCGAGGCUGCCGGUUCGUCCUCAUCAUGCUGCGCCCCUGAACUGUGCGCUCAGUGCCCGUGCGCUUUGGCCAAAGGUGAUUCGAAGGACAAAGAGAAAGACGGCAACAGGAACGUUCCCAAGAUCUUCUUUGGCACUCGCACACAUAAACAGAUCACCCAGAUCACCCACGAGCUGAAGCGCACCGUCUACUCCGGCGUGCCGAUGACCAUCUUAUCCAGUCGAGAUCACACUUGUGUCAACCCCGAAGUGGCGCCUCACUCCAGUCGCAACGAACGUUGUAAGGAACUGCUGGACGCCAAAGAUGGCCGGUCAUGCCGUUUCUACCACGGUGUCCAGAGGAUGCGGGACCAGGGAACACUGCAACGUGUCCAUGGCCUCAAUGAAGCCUGGGACAUUGAGGAACUGGUCACACUAGGGAAAAAGCUGCGCUCAUGCUCGUACUUUGCGGCCCGUGAACUCAUGGAGGGCGCCUCUGUCAUCUUCUGCCCGUAUAACUACCUGCUGGAUCCAAUGAUACGAGAGAGCAUGGAGAUUGACCUGGCAGGGCAGAUCCUGGUGCUGGACGAGGCUCACAACAUCGAGGACUGCGCGAGGGAGAGCGCCAGCUUCUCGCUAGAGCACAACCGUCUGCUGCUGUGCAGGGACGAGCUGGACAGCAUGGUCAACAACAACAUCAGACGUUCCAAACACGAGCUACUCAGGAACUUCUGCUACAGCCUGAUCAAUUGGAUCCAGGAGAGCCAAAGUCUAAUGUCUGAACGAGGGUAUGAGAGUGCCAGUAAAGUCUGGAAUGGGAAGGAUAUACUGAACAUCUUUCACACUUUGGGCAUAACUGCUGACACAUUCAACAUACUGAAGCAAAACCUGGGCGCUGUGCUGGAGAAGGAGGAGCGGGUUGGUUUUGCUAAUGGUAAAGAAGACAUGGUGCAGGUCCCAACCAUUAGCGCACCUUCCUCCACUCUUCUCAAAAACCUCUUCAUGGUGCUGGACUUUCUCUACAGGGAUAAAUGCAGGUUUGCUGAAGAUUACAGAGUAGCUCUGCAGAAGAGCUACGCUUGGACCAAUCAGGUCCCCCCUGAUGUCCCUGAUGCCAACGGGUAUUUCGUGCGGCCACGUCAGCGUCAGCGCCAAAGCGUCAGAGUCAAGGCAGAAGUCCUGACACUGAGCUUCUGGUGCCUUAACCCAGCCGUGGCUUUCUCUGACUUGAGUGGGUCAGUGCGCAGCAUCGUUCUGACGUCAGGGACCCUGUCGCCCAUGGGCUCCUUUUCUUCUGAACUCGGGGUGAAAUUCUCCAUCCAGCUGGAGGCCAACCAUGUGAUUAAUAAAUCCCAGGUUUGGGUGGGCACAAUUGGAGCAGGACCCCAAGGCAGGAAACUCUGUGCCACCUUUCAGCACACUGAAACGUAUGCCUUCCAGGACGAAGUGGGCGCACUGCUGCUCCAUGUCUGCCAGGUCAUGGCCAAGGGUGUGCUCUGCUUUUUGCCCUCCUACAAGAUGCUGGACAAGUUGAGAGACCGUUGGAUCAACACUGGUCUCUGGGAGAAGCUAGAGCAACAGAAAACUGUGAUCACCGAGCCUCGAGGUGGCGGCAAGGGGGACUUUGAUGAGUUGCUUCAGACGUACUACGAUGCCAUCAAAUACUGUGAGGAACGAGAUGGUGCACUGCUGAUUGCUGUGUGUAGGGGUAAGGUGAGCGAGGGCCUAGAUUUUACAGAUGAUAAUGCCAGAGCGGUCGUCGCCAUUGGAAUUCCUUUCCCGAACAUCAAGGACCUCCAGGUGGAACAGAAAAUGAAGUACAAUGAUCAGCACUGUAAGUCCAGAGGUCUUCUCCCAGGUAACCGCUGGUAUGAGAUUCAGGCCUACAGAGCUCUCAACCAGGCCCUGGGGAGGUGCAUCCGCCACAAGAAUGACUGGGGUGCUCUAAUUCUAGUGGACGACCGCUACAGGAGUAACCCCAACAAGUACAUCACAGGUUUGUCCAAAUGGGUCCGGCAGCUCGUCCAGCAUCACGACACCUUCGGUAACGCCAUGCAGUCUCUGGUAGCGUUCUCGAAGGUGCAGAGGGAGGUGGCGGCGGCGGCGGCUCCCGCAGACAGUCGGACCCCCAAGUUACCAGUUGCAUCUCCCGGGAGUCGCAUGCCACUAAUUAUAGAUGAACAGAGUCUGCCCAAGGCUUCACAACCUCUGAUUCUCAACUCAUGUGCCAAACGACCCGAAAGCCCCUCGACCACACAGUUCUUUUCCCGUACGCAGCUGAGAGCUGAACAGAAUGAAGCAGAUAAAUCGAAGGUGCUGCCUAGCACCCCAGACAGACCACCCUCCCAUCAAAAGAAAGCAGCUCAGCCCCUGUACUCCAUUUUCACCCCCAGCCCCGUCAGCGCCUCCUUAAAGAAGCCACUUUUUAACAGAAAACCUCCCAGCGGCUCCAGCCAGAGCUCAGAAACCCACAGCCAGUGGGAGGACAAAGAGAACCACCAGAACUCCUCUCGGCUUCUGAAGACCGAGACGUUUUGUCUGAAGCAAGGGCCUGGAAACGUCUCCAGUGAAGCCAAAGUCGAACCCCGCUGUCCGGCUCCAGAGCCCCCUGCAGUACCGGGCCCUCCCGGCCCUGAAGAAGAAACACCCUCAGCAGGCAGCUCCGAGGAAGAUGAUGAGGACCAGAGCAUUUUCUACACUCCUGAACUUUUUGAGGGUGAAGCAGACGGAGGCGGCCCACAGGCGGAAUUACCUCCUGGGAAGGUCUUAUCGGCAGAGAGCCAGGGCUCGCUGUCGGAAGGACUUUUUGGCUCCGAGCGGGCCCAAGGGCACGCCUCUGCUCUUAACGGCCAGAGUGCUAUUUCAGACAGGAAGGAGAGCGCAGAGCUGUCACAGGGACAGGAAGAAGUAAUCGCAGGACAGGAGCAAGGUGAGGAGGGAGAGGAGGGAGAGACCAGACAGGCAGGCAGUAAGCUUCACAGGCUGUCCAGAUCCAGGCAGAAAGCUCCCACUGCAACAGGUAACUGACAAUCUGGACACAAGAAGUAGCGUCUUACAGCACAGAUGACACGUCCAACACGCGUUAUUUCGGCAUAAAUUCUGCCACCGAAUGUCAGCAGCGCGCUCUCAUUGAAACUGAUUUUAGUGCAAUAAAAUAAAUAAUACCAUUGAGUUAUGUUUCCAUCGGUGUAAAUAUUAGUGUUUCCCUGUUCAUCUUUUGGAAUUACUUUAAUACUGUGUUUACACUGCCCAUGGCAUUUGGCCAACACACUAAUACCGUUCACGCAGUUGAUGAUGAGGUUCCAGCCAUCUAAGCUCAGCUUCUUAUGUAGGGUGACAGCUCAUCUUAUUAAGGCCUGCUCUCAGUUAAAAAAAAAACUAGCCAAGAGUAUUAGAAUUGCCACGCUGAUUAAAUGUCUGUUUAAACAAAUCAUUAAAAUACAGGAGGCACGGGUUCAUUUUGGUUCGGCAGAAAUACGCAAUCAUUUCCCUCAGUUUUAAUGAUGUGUUUGUUGAUAAUGGGUGAGAGACGUGGAUGCUUUAGACAUGCUCGAUUUCAUCCAUUUACAUACAUUCUGGUAAUUCACAAUAAAAUUAAAUGUUAACAUGUCA